AUGUACACGACCACCAGCUGCAACGAGGAUAUCACACAUCUUGCAGAUACCUCCUUCUCUCCUCCACAAACACAUUGCCCUUCAAAUAAGGUAGUGGAUUUCAACAACAGCAGCACACAAGACGAGCCGCCACCUUAUUACCUAACACCAAAAGGCUACUAUAUUGGUCAAGAUGCAGCUGCUUCAUUUGACACAAAGGGAACAAGAAACGAAAAGUGUGCCAUCAAUAUUAAAGAAUCACCACCACCAGCACUUGUUGCUGCACCCUCUGAGCCAAGAGAUCCAUAUGAUGUCCAUGAAGAAAAGCAUACCACCAAAUGUGGUUUCAUGAGGAUUAGCGUACGCUGUGCUAUUAUUGGCUUGGUGCUAUCCAUUAUCGUAUUGGCAGGUGGUGCUUGUAUGGUGACGGGAUCAGCCUUGGUGAGCAAUCAAUGCACGGACGACUGCAACGGUGAUCCAAAUAUCAGCAGCCGAUGCUCAACAGUAUGCAGCCAAUCCUUGCACAAGGGUCUUCUUAUUACUGGUAUUUUGAUUAUCAUCUUUGCUGCCAUAUCCACCACAGCUCAUUUUGUAUUGCUGCUGGCAAUACCCUUUAUGCGUUGGAUAAAAAACUACAAGCAAGCCGCCUAUUCCUGA